AUGAAGAUAUCUGCACAAAUAGUGCUCGUUGUUUUAUUUUUCAAAUUCGGUAAUUCUUCUACAUCUAAAGAUAUAGAAAAUGCCUCCGUUCUUCUACAGCAAACGAUUUCGUCCCUCGAAGCGACGUUGGAAUUCUUCGAAAAGGAACAUCGCAAUCUUAACUUAGAUGCAGUUCUUGGCACUCGGAUAGCGGACGGUAUCCUGAAGGUUCUCCUGCACCAUAUCGACUAUGAUCAGGACGCCUGGCCUUUAAGCAGCGCCACCAUCGACCACAUCCGGCGUCUGCAGGUCAGGGCCAGCGACGUCAGCGACAAGGCGAUCCCUUUCAUUGCGAUCUCCGACCCGCCGUACUACCAAGCGUUAGGAAAGAUUAUUCAACGGGACUUUUGGACGCUGGACUUUGCCAGUAGAGACUUCACGAAGAAGGAUUUCUACGCCGCCUGGUUACCGAAUGGAGAAGAGGCAAUGGACGAAAAGCAGUCUGAUAGUUGCAUAGGGGAGUUAUUAGGUACCGGUCCCAAUACCAAGGCUAAAUGCCAUAUCUCGGCCAACUGUUGGGAGUUGAUGACGAAGCCUGGAUACAGUGGAUACUCUCUGACGCAUCAGACGUUCUACCUUGAGAUUGCUUACCAGAUGGGCUGCGGCGAGGAGAUGAACCAACAGCGGGUGCUGCUAAACCAGCCGCCACCGUCCGAUCUGGUGAACCAGUUCUGUGCGGCGACCUUCAUUGAGGCUAAGGAGAUAGAGAGGGAGGGUUUUACGGGCUGGAAAAGUGACCUCUUUAUGGAACAAGCGGUGCUGUGUGGUCUGGUAGGGUAUCGUUGGUUUUUCUCCGAGGACUGGUUACAACGAAUCUUCAGCUGGCAAGAUCCAGACACCGGCUGUUUUAAGGGAAUUCCAAUUGAACUUCUCACGAGAGGAACAAACUCUGCGGACGUCAAGCAUCGCAUAAAGCGGGAGGAGAAGACAUUGGGGAACGGAUGUCUCUGUCACACGACCGCCGUCGCCACCGGUGCGCUGGCCGCUUACGUGCGCUACAUUGCCGAGUACCAGCAGAUGCUGUUCCAGAGGGAUCAACUAGCGACAUAAUUUGGACAUAAAUUUAGCCGAUAUUUGAUAUUACAUCAAUAAAAUCCAACCGUUUGGAAACUACGAAAUAAACUAGCAUGAAUAUGUUGUUCCAAAUAGGACAAUAACUUGAUAAUUAUGUUAUAUAGUUAAUAAAUAAAUGUUCAACACUGACUAGCACGUUGUGUUCAAAAUUGAACACUUGAUGGAAUAAUUAUAAUAAACAUUUAACUGGAAUUUAAUUUACCAUGGCAUCGGUUAUUAAACAGAAUGUGUUGUUCUAAAUAGAAACACCCUAUGCCAGUUAUUAACAUAAGUAAAACUAAUAAUUCUUAAAAAAAAACAGAAC